AUGAUGGUGAAUUGUAGGCAACCAAUACCAUUGGAUAAAUUGAUUCCAUUCAAAACAAGUGUUAUUAUUGUAUUUCAUAAUGAAGCUUGGUCAGCUUUAUUGCGUACUGUUCAUUCAGUUCUUGAUCGUACACCAGUACAAUUGCUUCAUGAAAUUAUUCUUGUAGAUGAUGCUAGUACUCAAUCCCAUUUAGGUGAUCAAUUGAAAACUUAUGUAAAUUCACUAAAUAAACCUGUACGAAUUGAACGAAUGUCAAAUCGAAGUGGUUUAAUACGUGCUCGAUUACAUGGAGCAAAAAUUUCCACUGGUAAAACGCUUACAUUCUUAGAUGCACAUUGUGAAGUGACUAUUGGUUGGCUAGAAACUCUACUUAGACAUAUUUCAGAAAAUCAAGAACGUAUAGUUUGCCCGAUUAUUGAUGUUAUUAGUCAUGAUACGUUUGAAUAUCUUCUUGGUAAGUUUUCUUUUUUCUUUUUCACUUAA